AUUGAAAAUAAAAAGAGUGAUGCGGUAUCCUGUCAAGCAAAACAAGCGCAAUGGAAUAAGAUUGCAUUAGAAUUUAAUUCCCAGAACACCACAAACAGGUGCAGCAAAGUAUUAAAAAAGAAAUGGGAAAAUAUGAAAAAAACUGUCAAAGAUAAAGUCGCUGGCCAUAGGAAACAUGCCAUGGGUACUGGAGGAGGACCACCGUUACCAGAUCUGAAAAUGGAACCCUGGGAGGAAGAAAUCUUAAUGCACAUAAAACUGACAGCUGUAGGCCUUCCACCAGUAUUUGAUGAUGACAAUCAAGAUGAAAUACAAGUCAUAGAAGUUGGUGGGUUUGACCCUCUGAUUGAGGCUGUUGCUGUUGAACCUUCAGACACAGACACAGACACAUUAAAGGAUUUACAGUGCAAAGAAGUGACUUUGAAAGAGCGAGAAUCCAGCAAUAACAAAAAAGAUGAUGACGAUGAAAACAUAACAGCAGACAGCUCUGACAGCGACUCUGAUAAUGAAUCGGAAAGAGAGGAGAGUGACUCAAGCCAGAGCGAAAACGAAUAA